AUGACAAUCAAGGAAAUAUAUAUCGCUAGACAUGGCUACCGUAUGAACUGGUUGCCACCCCCACAUCCACCUAAUCCUACAGGCGUGCCUAGUGACCCUCCAUUGGCACCACAUGGUGUUGACCAAGCAAAACAAUUGGCAGCAUACUUGACUUCAUUGCCAACAAAAGACCAACCACAAUUCAUCCUAACUUCACCCUUUUAUAGAUGUGUCCAAACUGCCGAGCCAGUUGCACAAUUAUUAGAUUUGAAAGUCCACUUGGAGAGAGGUGUUGGAGAAUGGUUUAAAAAGGGCAGGAAAAUCGUUCCUGAACCAGCUGAUUAUCCCGAUUUAAACAACUUCUUCGCCAACGUUUUGGAUAAGGAAGACGUAUGGCCAAGAGAUGGAUUAGGCAUUAUUCCAAACCUCGAAGGUGAAACUGGCGAAGAAAUUUAUGCUAGAGCUCAACAAUUUUGGCACAAGUUUAUCCCCGUUUUUGAAAAACAGUAUCCUGAAAUUGAAAAUAUCUUGAUCAUCACUCACGCAGCAACAAAGAUUGCCUUGGGCAGUGUGUUAUUGAAGUUAGAUUCUGUCACCAGUACCAUAGAUGGAGACAAGACUAUGUUGAGGGCUGGUGCUUGCUCAAUCUCGAAAUAUGUACGUACCAGUUUAUCAAAUGAUUUCGAUUGGAAGAUUGUCAUGAAUGGUAACUGUGAGUUUUUGACGAAGGGAGAAGAAAUGAAUUGGGAUUUCACUACUGGCGUUGAAGCCGGGUCAGCUGAGGAUAUUGCUAGAAGAAAGAAAGAGGCGGAACAGGCUGAAGGGAAAAAUGGUGGAUCUUCUAGUGGAGUUGAUCCAGGUGCUGCUAAUUCUGAAGGUGAGGUGCCUGUCACUGACAUUGCCACAGGUGCAGAUGAAACUACAAAUGAGGAUGAAUUUGAGGUACACGAUGAAGACUUUACCAUUGAUAGAACCAAGACUAGAAAGACACCGAGAUUCAAAACCAAUAUCCUAAAACCAUCUGCUCGUCUCCAAAUGACGAGUCUAAGUGAUCAGUCACCGUUAGUUAAAGUAUCGAAUAAUACGACAGCUCGAGAUACGGCUCAUUCGGCUGCACCAACACUUGGAAGCAGUCACAAGGGGAGAAAUAAUUCUAUAAUUGACGCGUCCACAUUAAUAAAUGGUCGAAUUUUUGAAACUAAUUGGCAUGAAUUGACGGGGUCUGAGUUGAUAUUUGAUGACUAUGGGGAAUUAAUCGGACAAGUUAAAGAACAUUUGACAUGUAAUGAUAAGCUCAAGUUUAUACCUAAAAAGAACCACAACGAGGGGAAAGUUGCUGAUUAUAUCGAUUUGGACGAUGAGGACCUCGUCGAUGAAUCUAUCAAGAUGGAAGCGGGGAAUUCAAAUCUGAAGCCAAGUCCAUUUUUGCGAAACGCAAUCAAAGUUGCAAAGAGGAGAGAAUAUUCUUAA